AUGGCGUAUUGGUCAAGGUUACCGGCGGAGGUCCUCCUGAUGAUUGCUCUCCGUUUGUUCUCCUCGUUGAUUUUCCUCCAUUUCCGUAGCAUCUGCACAUCUUGGCGCUCCUCCGUUUCCCUGGACGACAAUCCUUUCCCGAGACGCCCUCUCAUCGACCUCAACCCCCUCGUCAUCACUAUCCAUGUCGGCCCUAAUGAACCAAAGCAAAUCUUCGGCCUCGACCGGAGCGCAUUUCUAUCACGCGCCACCUUCUUCCGCGUCUCCUCCUCUGCGACGAGUCGGGGGUGGCUGAUGAAAUGCGAUAGUGAUCUCCUCGGUUACAGGAGACUCCGUCUUCUCAACCCUCUCUCGCGCCUCCCGAUGAGCCAUCUUGGCUUAACCAUCGAUCUUCUUAAUGUCUCCGAUAUUCAAGAUGCCUAUGUUGUUCAAAUCCAACGCAAGAAGAAAAAAGAACAACUUUUUGGAUUCAAAAGGUUGGUUGUUACGGCAAAUGGUCGCCUUCUUGGAGUAGGAUGCGACGGGAAGAUAAGGUAUUGGAACGGAGACGUCUGGACCAAAAUGAAAGAGCAAGUAGCUCGAUUCUGUGACAUCAUAGUUGAGAGAGAGAGAGGGCUAACGUACACCUUGGAUUCGCAUGGGAAUGUCUGGUGGGUUAGUUCCUCUCUGGGCAUCUUUAGGUAUGGACCUUCACUGGAUGAAUAUGCCACUAAGGAAUCUUGUAGAGACUUGGUUUUGGUGGAGUGUGGUGGAGAGUUAUACGUUGUAGAUCGUGUCGUUGAUGAUAGCCUCUGGAUCAGAAAAAGUGGUAAUUGGUGUCGUUAUCGUUUCACAAUGAUACACGACGAUGAUGGGGACGAGAGAUGGGUAACACCGGAAAUAUCUCGCUUCUAUCCCAAGACGGUGGGUUUUAAGGUUUACAAGGUUGAUGAAGAAGUGGGGAAAUGGGUACAAGUUAUGUCCUUGGGAGAUCAUGCGUUUGUGAUGGCUAGCGAUGCUUGUUUCUCGGUCUUCGCUGAUGAGUUUUAUGGAUGUUUGAAAAACGCCAUUUACUUCUCCGACGAGGCAGAACCUGAGACCACUAAGGUGUUUAAGCUUGAUGAUGGGAGCAUCACGACAAUGACGACGAGAUACCCGAGGAGAGAGAAAAUGGUUGAUUGGUCAAAGUUACCGAGGGAACUCCUCGGAAUGAUCGCCGUCUGUUUGUUCUCCGUCAUCGAACUCAAAAGUUUCCGUAGCGUCUGCCGUUCUUGGCGCUCCUCCGCUUUCGACAAUCCUUUCCGGAGCCGACCUCUCAUCGAGCUCAAACUCCUCGACCCAACUGAAAAUGCCUCCCAACAAGGAAACGCGUUCCUCUCAGGUGCCGCCUUCUUCCGCGUCACUCCCUCCUCCUCGCCGAACCAAGGGUGGCUGAUCAAAUCCGACACCGAUCUCAACUCGGGGAAAUUUCGUCUUCUCGACCAUUUCUCGCGCAUCCCUUUGAAACACAGGUGCAAGAGCAUCAAUCUCUUGCGUUUCAAUGUCUCCGAGAUUCAAGAAGCCUACGUGGUUCACGACAGGCGCAUGGACGAACCAGAUCCCGGAUUCAAAAGAGUGGUUCUUGCCACCGUCCAAGGAGGAGAUCAUGCUUUGGGAGUCGGCUGGGACGGGAGGAUCAGGUUUUGGAGUGGUCGAAUCUGGACCAUACUCAAAGACCAGCUUGCUGAGUUCACCGACGUUGUAAUCCACGGAGGGCUAACUUACGCCUUGGCUUCGGAUGGGUCAGUUUGGUGGAUAAGCUCCUCUCUUUCCAUCUUCAAGUACGGACCACCAUUAGAUGAAAGCAUCACUGGUAGCGAUUGCAGAAACUUAAGCUUCGUGCAACAUGGUGGAGAGCUUUACAUUGUUGAUCGUAUCCUUAAAGAGGGUGAUACCUUGGAUCCUAAUGUUUUUUAUGUUUGCGCUGUCGACGAUGAUGGGAACCAGAUAGGCGAAACAUCUCCCAAAACGAUCGGUUUCAAGGUUUACAAGAUGGAUGAGGAUAUGGGGAAAUGGGUUGAAGUUAAGUCAUUGGGAGACGACGCCUUUGUGAUGGCUACCGAUAUUUGUUUCUCGGUUUCGGCCGGUGAGUUCCAUGGAUGUUUAAAAAAUGCAAUCUACUUCGCUGACAAGGAAUGUAAGAUCAGGGUGUUCAAGCUUGAAGAUGCUAGUAUCACAAGAGCCACCAGUACCGAGCAGAACUGUUUCAAAAUGUUUGCUCCAAGCUUUUUCUGA